AUGAGUAACCAAGAGGCUGAUGUGCUACAUUGCUGGAGAUGUAGAAAAUAUAUAGCAAAUUCUGUUUGGAUAGUUCUUUUCCAUGACAUUUUGCAAGGCAAAACUUCACAACCUUCAGCUGCUGCUCAGGAGUCUUGCAAUGUAUGGCAUGUGAACUUAGAAGCCAUUCCAGAGUGGUUGAAAUGUGUCAUUGAAAAGGCACAGUGGACAAUUGGAAAACUGCACUGUCUGUUCUGUGAAGCUUGGUUAGGGGGCUUUAACUUCAUUUGCAACACAAAAUGUUCCCGUGGACAGUUAAUAAAUAUACAUUUCUGCAAAAGUCGGACUGACGAUCAGCCUGCUUUCUCUGUUAAAUUGGCAAAAUCAUCAGGAACACCUCUCCUCAAAAUUCAGUCUGGUAUUAGCAAGGAUACCUGCCAUGAAGUGGUAACUGCAACUUUGGAAAUCAAAAAUCAAAGGCUUUCAUACAUGGCCAGAAAUAAUAAUGGUACUGGAAGAUUAACAGAAGCACUUUGUCUAGAAGUAAGAGCUAACAGAUUUGAGAUGAGAAGUAAAAAACUUCCCUUAAAGGCAUUAAAUAAAAAAAGAAAUCUUUCUGCUUCCUAUUCUAUGAAUGAUGCAUGCAGUGUAAAACCUUUUCACAAAAGAUCACGUAGUUUGGAUUUAAAUAUCAGAGACAGAUUUGUUUUGUCCCCUGCAUUAUAUGAAAUUUGCAGUAUGGGAACAAUUUACCAUGGCCAAAGUGAAAAUCCACCUCCUUACAUGCAAAGUGGCUCACAAUUAGAGUCCAAUAGGAAAGAUGGUAGUUCUUUUCAGGACCAAUAUAGUUCCGGUGAUGAGAAACUACAAAAAAGCUUUCGAGUUACUUCCUUUACCACAUUAGUACAUAAAGAAACAGAAAAUGAGUGUGAUUUUGAAGCUACUGGACAAUCUUCUGGGAGCACCAUUGCUGAUGGGUUACCUUUUGUGAUGAACCUUUCUUCACCUACAAGUGCUAUAGAAGAGGAACAGUACAUCACACCUGUUGGUCUUGUGCAGCCUACAAGUACUUCCUUCAACCAAAAGUUGAAUAAGAGAGAAAGAAGCAAGCUGAAAAGCUUGAGGAGAAAACAAAGAAGGCGAGAACGGUGGCUACAGAAGCAA